AUGGACCCAGAUAAGAUUGAACGCUGGUGUGAGAUCGAGGAAGUACUGGUUAAUCAUGUCUGUGUAUUAAGUAGGGUGGAUAUGCGUACCUUGGAGGAAGUGUUAAUUCGAUGGUUGAGUACGGUUAAAGCUGUCGGUAAGGUUGAAAUUGUAGCCAGAGAGUUUGGUAAAAUGGCAGACUCAGACUUUGUGUUAGUUCAGACUAGUGCUGACGUCACGGCGGUGGGACUGCCAGCGUCUAUCGGUGACCCCGGUGAGGCGGGGCCAUGUGGCGUGCACAUUGUCACAGAGAAAGGGUCUGAUGGGACACCAGAGGAGUUGCCUGACACUGGGGGCAGAGAUUUUAGAGAUCGGGUUCUAUUGUUUCUGAGGGGUGAAGGAAGGGAGCGCACAGAUUUGGAAAAUUUAAUUAGUCCCCAUCCCCCAUGGAAGGCUGAGGGCUCUGAGUUGGCAUCAGCCAUUAACUCCCUGGUGAACAAGGCGGCGGGUCCACGUCAGAAGCUGAGAAUUUUCUCAGGGAGGACUCCCACCCCCGAAGGAGAAAAUAAUUAUGAGACAUGGGUGGAGCACGUCUCUGACCUGCUAGGUGACGGGCAGUGUUCUGAGGAAGAAAAGCGACAACGAUUGGUUGAAAGUUUGAGGGGAGUGGCAGCUGAGGUAGUAAGAGGCGUGAAAGCUAACCAGCCCUCUGCUUCUCUGACUGAGUAUCCAAAAGCAUUGGAGGAGGCGUUCGGUCUGACCGGGAGCACAGUGGAGCUUUUAGCGGGGUUUUGGAACAUGCAUCAGGAUGCAUGA